CACAGGUCAGCACAGACGGACUGAUGCUCGUUAGUGACGUUAAGUGAAAUCACCUGUGAGCUGCUGCCUCAUUUAUUCCUGUGAGGCUCAGAGGAGGACACGCUUAACACACGUCAGAGAGAAAAGAAACAAUUAAUGUCAUGAAUUCAGCCAGAGAAGAAGUCUGGUCAUUAUUCUGCAGCAGGGGGCGGUAUGCAGCUGCGAAGAGAGACCGUAGAAGAAGAGUGACUUCCGGAAAAAAUACAAACACAUGGGCUGAAACUACCUCAAGCUUCAGUGAGCAGUCAUGACGAGGUGGGCGAGAGCCAACAAUGUCCACAAAAACAAGCCAGCAGAGGCCACUCCAUGGAGCCAGCUGAGAGCGGGAGGAGGAGGACGAGGAGGAGGAGGACGAGGAGGUGGACGAGGAGGUGGACGAGGAGGAUGUCACCCAGGAAGCUCUGGCAGCCCAGUUAAACAAGGAGGAGGUCAGAGGGAUUAUCUGAGAGGGACUCAGCCUGGUGGAUCAGAUAUUAAAAAACCUAACCGCAAGAAGAAGGAAUACCUGGAUGAGGACGUGAACGGCUUCAUGGAGUAUCUCCAGCAGAGCGGCCAGAGGCUGCCCAAAGGAGACAGAGGAGGGAGGGAGGAUGCGCAGGAGCUCAGGGAGGAGGUGGAGACCGCCCUGAAGAAAGACAGAAGAAGAGAGGACAGACGAGUUAAGAGACAGAAUGACAAGAAGAGCAACAUGCUGUGCUUUAACUGCAGGAAGCCCGGUCACGGUCUGGCCGACUGUCCGGAGGCCGACCGAGACGAGGAGAUGGGCCGAGGCAUCUGCUACCGCUGCGGCUCCACCGAACACGAAAUCCAGAAGUGCCGAGCUAAAGUGGACCCCGCUCUGGGUGAUUACCCGUACGCCAAGUGCUUCAUCUGUGGUAAGACUGGACACUUGUCACGAUCCUGCCCAGAUAAUCCUAAAGGACUUUAUGCACAAGGAGGUUGCUGUCGUGUUUGUGGCUCAGUGGAACAUUUUCAGAAGGACUGUCCAGAGCACCAGGCUGCAACUAACUCGGUGACCGUCGCCUGGUUGUCCAACAAUAUGAGCGCUGACUACGAGGACGUUCACGUUCCGGUGAAGAAAGCCAAACCCAAACAGACUAAAGUGGUGAAGUUCUGAUUCGCAGAGAGUCCUGCCGUCUCUAUGCAGGAGCUUUAUCUACAGAUUUCAGAUCAGAUUCACCCUCUGGACUCUAACAAACAGACUAAUUACUGCUGACAUGCAGUGAAGCGUUUCUUCAGACACAUUCUGCCUCUCUUUGUGUAUAUCUGAUAAAUGUCCUUUUAAUAAAGUGUUGCCUCUGUAUAUAUA